AUGGUGCACGAACACCCAUUUAGUGUGGUUGAGAAUGAAGUAUGGAUGUGGGCAUUCCAAUAUGUAAAAUCAGAUUUUCAUAAAAUUGGUCGAAAAACAACAAGAGUAGAUUGUUUGAGAAUACAUGAGGAAGAGAAGAAAAUUUUGAAGGAUUUGUUGAGAAACAUUGACAAUAUUAUUAUAACUAAUGAUACGUGGAGAUCAAGUCACCAGGGAAUUGGGAAUAAGAUAUUUUUAGUUUCAGUCAACAAUGCUUCUUACAAUAAUCCGUGUUUAAAAAGUUUGAAGGAAGACUAUCCACUAAGCAGAAUGUUAGCUCUUGGAGGGGCAUUGUUUCAUGUUAGAUGUUGUGCACAUGUACUAAAUUUGUUAGUGCAAGAUGGCCUUAUCCAAAUUAAGGAUGUCAUUGGCAAAGUUCGUGAAAGUGUGAAGUAUGUUUACCAUAAUGAUGCAAGAUCGAAAGCUUUAUAUGAUGUUGUUGAACAAAAGGGGCUGAAAGAUAGGAAGCUCAUACUUGAUUGCCCAACAUUAUGGAAUUCUACGUAUCAAAUGCUAUUCGCUGCAUUGAAAUUCAAGAUUGAAUUCCUAUCUUAUAAGGAAAGAGAGUCACAUUAUAAGUAUGCAUUUUCAAAUGUAGAUUGGGACAAUGUUGAGAAAGUUUGUCAAUUUCUUGAAGUGUUUAAUCUUGCCACCCUUGUUAUAUCAGGUAGUGAGUACCCUACUUCUAACAUAUAUCUUGCGGAAGUUUGGAGGGUGAGGCAAGUCAUUGAUAAUACAACAAAAGAUACAAAUUCAUUUAUGAGAGAAAUGGCAGCUUCUAUGAAAUUAAAGUUUGACAAAUAUUGGGGUGAAUGUAAUUUUUUGAUGGCUAUUGCUAGUGUUUUGGAUCCAAGGAGCAAAUUUCAUAUUGUUGAUACAUGCUUUCCAUUGAUAUAUAAAGCUAAAGUUUCUCUAGAGAAUAUAAAGAAGGUGAAGAAUUCAUUAGAGGAGCUAUAUGGUGAAUAUGUUUCUCUAAGUUUGGCAACUCCACCCAUGGAUCUUUCAAAUAGGAGGGUGACAAAAUUUAAGUUUCAGUUAGAAAAGCUCUGUUGUCUCGAUUUGAAAGUAAGAUACGUGAAGGAACUGUGUAUAAUUUCAAAUCUUUUGCAGGAGUUGCUGAAGUAUUUGAGUUGGUUUUGGACAAUUAAACUCGGCGGGAUUAAAUGUAUAGAUGUUUAUGACGUUAAGGAAGCAGUGUAUGAGCUAGCAGCUACUGCUAAAUUGGUUUUUAACUGGUCAUAUGCUUCAAAGCUCAUCAAUUUCAACAAAUAUGUGGAAUUCCUUACUGUUGUUGGGGAAAAAUUGUAUUGUGGUUACUCUGGUUACAACAUACAGGGAAACACUCCUUUACCUUGCUUCAUAUUUAGUACCUCUUCUUAA